AUGCAUCUCGACUCCCGCACACCGCCCCGGCGGUAUCUCGCCCUGAUCAGCGUCCUACUGGCCUUCCUGUCGACGAUGGUUGCCGCACAGAAUGGAACCGAGACCGCGCCCACGGUCCGGCAGUGCAUCCCGCGACCCACGACGACGACCGGCGUGCCGCCUCCGGGGCCCACGCCAGCCCUCCCGAAGAACUUUGGCAUGGUCAUCCACCGGGCGUACGAGAUGCUCGACGUCUUCGGCCCGCUCGAGGCCCUGGGUGUGCUGGCGAGGAUCCACCAGCUGAACCUGUACCUGAUCGCGGAGACUAUGGACCCGGUAACGGUUGAGCCGGGGUCCGCCGCCAUGAAUUCCAAGAACUCGAGUUUCUUCCCCGUCAUCCUGCCGACGCACACCUACGAGACGGCGCCUGAGGACAUUGAGGUCCUCAUCAUCCCCGGCGGCCUCUGGACGCGGUCGCCAAACAUCGGCCCGGCCAUCUCGUACAUAAAGACGACGUACCCGCGCCUGCGGUACCUCAUCUCCGUCUGCACGGGCGCCUCGGUCGUGGCGCGGGCCGGCGUGCUCGACGGCCGGCGCGCGACGACGAACAAGGCCUCGUGGGCGAGCACCAUCGUCCACGGUCCCCGCACCGAGUGGGUGGCCAAGGCGCGCUGGGUCGUCGACGGCAACGUGUGGUCGUCGUCGGGCGUGUCGGCCGGCAUCGACGCGACGCUCGCGUUCGUCGAGGCCGUGUACGGCGCCGAGAACGCAACGUACGUCGCCGACAUGAUGGAGUACGACUGGCACCGCGACUCGACCUGGGACCCGUUCGCCGAGAGGUUCAACGUCACCGACGCCUGA